GGCUGGUCUUCGGGGAAGGAGCAGCCUCUCCUCCCCUCUUCACAUCUGGAUUCAAUAAGGGCUGUGAGAGGCCGGAGCAUUCCAGAGCUCUGAGGUGGAGGCUGCACUCUCUGUCGGCCAUGGGGCCCUGGCGCUGCCUGCUCCUCCUGCUGCUGCUCGCCGUGGCCGUCCGCGCCCAGCAGCAGCAGUUCAUGGAGUACGUGGAGCGGCGCCUCACCCUCCUGGAGGAGAGGAUCUCACAGUGGCACGACCAGAGCAGCCGCUACUCCACAGAGCUGCGGGACUUCAAGAACCAGGUGCUGGGGAUGCUUGAGACGGCAGAGAAGGAGCGGGAGGCGAUGCGGUCGGAGGCAGAGAGCGCAGCGGUGCGCGUGGACCGGCUGGAGCGUGAGGUGGACUACCUGGAGACGCAGAACCCCGCACCACCCUGCGUGGAGGUGGACGAGACACUGAUGGAGAAGCAGGUGGCCACAGCCAAGCAGAGGAAGAAUGAGAAAUACACCAAGCUGACAGACUGCAGCGACACCAUUGCGAGUGUCAGAGCCAUGAAGAUCCUGAAGCGCUUCGGCAGCACCUCGGGGCUCUGGACCAAGGAUGCCGCAGGGAACUCUGAGAAGAUCUAUGUCUUUGAUGGCACUGCCAACGACACGGUGUACGUCUUCCCCCGCAUGCGGGAGUUCACCCUCUUCUCUGCCACCCGCAAGGCCACCCGCAUCAAGCUGCCCUACCCCUGGGUGGGCACCGGGCACCUUGUCUAUGAUGGACACCUCUACUACAUCCGCCAGCAGGGCCCCUUCCAGGUGAUCAAGUUCAACCUGGCCAACAAGACGGUGGUGGACAGUUCAGUGUUCCCGGCCGAGGAGCAGAUCCCUGUCUUUGGGCUCUCCCCCUUCACCUACAUCGAGGUGGCGGCGGAUGAGGAAGGGCUCUGGGCCAUCUACGCCACCAAGGAGGACGAGAAGAACCUGUGCUUGGCUAAGCUGGACCCCUCCUCCCUGGACAUCGAGCAGAUGUGGGACACGCCGUGCCCACGAGAGAACGCCGAGGGUGCCUUCGUGGUGUGUGGGGCACUGCACGUGGUCUACAACACCCGCCUGCCCAGCCGCUCCCGCGUGCAGUGCGUCUUCGACGUCAGCGGCACGCUGGCCCCCGAGGACGCCUCCCUCGUCUACUUCCCCAAGCGCUACGGGUCCCACUCCAGCAUGAAGUACAACCCCCGGGAGAGGCAGGUCUACGCCUGGGACGACGGCUACCAGAUCAUCUAUCGCAUGGAGAUGAAGAAGAAGCUGGAGGUCUGAGGGGCCACGUCAGGGCACCCCCGCACGUCCGGCCACCCGGCCCCGGCCAGCGCGGCUCUGCCCAUCCCACCCCCCGGGGCACAGCCAGCCCCGGCACGGGACGGCACCUCUGCCCCAUCUCCCAUCACUGUGAAACGACGAAAUGCUGGAUCCCUGCCCCGGCCUCCCUUCACCCACCGGCACCAGGCGCCCCUGCCCAGGACCGCCCUGCAGAAACCGGGACUAAUUUAACGAGAUUUUCCUCUCUGUGAUAUAAUGAAUAAAUACUAUGCAGCGAGCUGCAGCCACCUGCUUGGGGGGAGCACGGGGCGAUGGGGCCAGGCUGCCAGAGCUGCGAGCUCCAUGUUGCCCCUGAGUCACCCCAAAAGACACUUCCCAAGGGUGGGGUGUCCGUGCGGGGCUGGCCAGAGCAGCCAGCACAGACAGCUCCUGGGAUCAGGGGUCUGGGCAGAGGGGCCGGGUCGGGGCCUUGGGCUGGGGCUUUGUGCAGGGAUUUAGCCUGGGGCUUCGGGCAGGCUCCUGCUGCAGCAAGGGGACCCCCGAGCCUGGCCAGGGCCAGCCUGUUUUACAUGUACAAAACCAUGAGCAAAAAGCAAAAUCCUUUAAUCUGAGAGGACAACUGGAGAUUUUCCUUGCAUGCUGGGGAGGUGCCCUGCCCAGCAGGCACCAGAUGUUGCUGAUUUUCCAAGUUCACUUCUGAUGAAGCACAGUCAUCUUCCCCCUGCAGCCACAGGAUUGCCACAAACUCUUUACGUAAGGCCCUGGGUUCCCCGAGCCCCUUCCUGUCCCUGUUCCGCCAGCGCCGGGUCCCCGCAGGGCCCCACAGCGGCAGUGCCCCACGGGAGAUGGGGCAGGACUGGGCAGGCGCUGGGAGCCCCUCCGGAGGCAGCUCUGGCCCUGCCAGGGCUUAGGACCCCCGUCCCCGAGGCGGGGGCUGGGGUCUGCUGGGCACAGGCACAGCCCCCCCAUGGCCACCACGUCCUUCCAGUCCCCACCACGUUGCCCAGUGGCUACCACCCCCCACACUGCCACUGGCACCACACCCCUGGGGGGUGCAAGACUUGGCCCAGUUCUGGCCAGAGAAGCCACGGACCGCCCCGAAACCUGGGCGUGCUGCGAUUUGUUCCUGUCACAGUGUCCUGAGAGCACAGAGGAUGAGUUACGAGCAUCCCUUUUUUCCCACCGGACAUGAAUUCUGGGGACAAGCGCUGAACACGUGAAGCCAUGAGCUGGGCUGGCCAGGCGAGGGUCACAUCCUGCCACUGCUGGCCCAGAGCCCCCCCAGGGUGAGAGGCCACGGAGCUGCCGGGCACCCCGGGGAGGUGCUGGCCCCACGGGGAGCACCGCUGCCACGCACCUGGGGGGCUCCCAGGGCCAUGGCACAGCCAGGCCCCCCCCAUAUCGCCAUAAAGCCAGGCAUUCGGCAUCGCUCCGCACCCACCUCGAGGAAAGCUGUCCCGUGAUGUGGAGGUGACUUGGUAUUUGCUUCAAGUUCUUCUGUAUUAUAAUUAAAAUAUCUUUUGGUUGCAUGAGAGAAACGCUUAAA